AUGCACGGUUUCGACCGCACAUUCAUCACCACCCACCUCGGCGGCACGAAUUGGUUCCCAUCGUUCUACAGAAUUCCCGAUUCGGAGCUUUCCCUGUUGCCAGGCCGUGGUUACUUUCUUCUUGAAGAUAUCACUGAGCCACUUGCUCCUUCAGCCCCAGGCUCUUACGGCAGUCUCUUGACUCCAGUCCUUCGUCUUCCUGAGAUUGACGACUCUUCCAGCCCUAAACCAGAGUCUAUGCAGAAUGCUCCUCUCUUCCUCAAACGCGGAGACAAGUACAUUUACUAUGGCAUGUACUCCUACGUCCGCAGCGACCGCUGGGAUAUCGAACGUUGCUCUGUCAUCCCAACCUAUCUAAAGCAACACUGGGCCAACCAACUCACCUCCNCCCACCGACCAAAAUGGGUCACCGAUCUUCUACAACAGCACCUCUUACCCCAACCCAUCUAUUCCCGUCCCUCUUCCUCUUCCUCCUCCGACGACAUCACCGAAGCCCUCACCGCUCACCAUCAAGCCCUAGAAACCUGGCACAGAGACACUCACCUUAAAAUCUCCUUCCUGCGUCCUGAGAACAUGCUCGCUGCCUUCGAGGCCCCAGACACCGGUGCCGAAAUGCCAGGCAUCAGAUUCUGGUGCUUGGGACUGAAAUGCGAGAGCUGGGAUAAAGGCUUCUACGAUAUGAUGGUGCGCGAAGAAAAGCUUUGGGAGAAAGAGGGAAGAAGGGAUGGGGAAAAGGAGAGAGAGGCUCAUCAGAAGAUGUUGAGGUUGUUGGGUAAGGCCAAGCCGGUUAAGUGGUAA